CUGCUCGUGUCGUGAGCUACGUGCAGAGUUCACAUCUACCACCAAAAAUCUCACUCGCCCAUCCCAUGAAGACGUAGCGUUAUAUCAAGAGCGCUCUCAGCCCACUACAGUCUCAUGCGAUCUGGAGAGCGAAUUUAGUUUCUGUUUUACGAGUAUCCGUGAACCCACAGCCUGCGAUGCUUGCUUGAGCUUACACGAUUAUUGAUUUGUUAAUAAUGCGCACGGUUUUAUGCACAUUUAAAGACCUGAUUGAUUCAUUAAUGGUCGCUUGUUAGAAGAAGGUAUAAGGUGCGUUAUAUUGCGGAGGCGCUGAAAUUGAGCUCUUUUCAUCUAUUUGCGUUUGUGAUCGAGCAGGAGGGAGGAGUGGCGGUGACAACGGCUGGCUCCUGAAUUCGGAAUCCUGCCUAAAAUCCACAAAGAUGCUAUAUCUGCCAGUGAUAUCCAUGAGCUCAGAUUUACAGCAUUACAGUUUCAGGAUGCCGAAUAUAGGGUUCCAGAACCUUCCCCUUAAUAUCUACAUUGUCGUCUUUGGGACGGCCAUUUUCGUCUUCAUCCUCAGCCUACUCUUCUGCUGCUACUUGAUUCGGUUACGGCACCAGGCUCACAAAGAGCUCUAUGCAUACAAGCAGGUUAUUCAAAAGGAAAAGGUCAAAGAAUUAAACUUGCAUGAGAUUUGUGCGGUGUGUUUGGAGGAAUUCAAGCAGAAAGAUGAGUUGGGAAUCUGCCCGUGUAAACAUGCCUUUCACAGAAAGUGCCUUAUUAAAUGGCUGGAGGUGAGGAAGGUUUGCCCGCUGUGCAACAUGCCCGUCUUGCAGCUGGCGCAGCAGCAGAGCAUGUCCGAAUCUGUGCCCCCAUCGCAGCAGCCUCUGCCCGGAGUGGAGAACCUGGUGUAGCCCCUCCUGUUUCUCCUAAAAACCACCACUACCUUCACACUCACUCCUGUACAGGUACACAUUCAUAUCCAAGGACAGAGCGCAGGAUUCGUGCCUGGAGCCACGGUGACCUGUGACCUGCAUAUGUUCAUGUCCUGCCUCGGUGGUUUUACAAAGGAUUUUUUUUUCUCCAAAUUACAAAAAUAGAUGACUUCCAGUGGGAUAAUGACAAAGAAUUGAGUUUACAUGGCCAAGCCAUGUUUAAAGUAACAGUUCCACACCAAAGCACUUUUUUGAGGACACCAGUAAGAGGCUAAUAAAAGACAAGGACUAAAAAAAACAUAACAUUAAAACGCAUUAAGAAAAACUUUUUUUUUUAACUAAAGGUUUUUUGUUUUUUUAACUAGCACUUUACACAAAACUCAAUCCUAGUUGCUUGUGAUAGUAGCAAGAUCUUGUUUUAUAUUUUAUGACUUCAAACUUUUUUUUUAGAGCCACAGAGCAAACCAUUGCUUUUAUUUUCAUUAGAAAGGGUUACAUUUAUACUGUAUAUUAAAGGGACAGCAGCUCUCCAGUGUGUAUAUGUUUGUUUGCGUGAGUGUUUAUGUAUUAACAGUCAGUGGAAUGGCUGUUUCGCUAGAUACAAUUCAUUGUGACCUUUAGCUGGUGGCCAAAACAAAUGUGAACGCAGAGUUUGUCUUAUUAAGGUCAGGAUGUGACCUAACAGUAUUUGAUCUGUGUUCUGUGGAUGUCUUUAUAUUUGAAAUGCUUUUUAACUGAGGGCUGUGUUAAAUAAACACACACACACACACA